UACAACCGUUUGAUGAAAUCACUACAGUAGUGUCUGCGUGUGCCGCCAGCCCACUGUAUUCUACAGAGCUUUUCUCAGUCCAGAAAAGUGGAAGAGAAGAAUUCCCACACAAAUAUAUAUACACACAUAUAUAUAUACAUAUAGAUGAUGUGACGUAUUUGAAAAUUGUAUAUAUAGAUGUAGGCUGAGAGAGAAUCAUAGAGAGAGAAAGAGAGUCUCUGAUCCUUCUGUUCAUCUUUAUGGUGUGAGGCUGUGCCAGUGUGUGUUUUUUGUGUAAAGAGUAUUUUAUGUAUGUAAAACCAUAUAUGUAAUCCCAAUUCCCACUCAUCUUUGCAUGCUUCACCAACUAUUUUCUUUUCUAUACAGAAAACCCAGAACCCAAAUUUGAUUAAAGAGGGAGAUUGGUAUUUUUCUUCGGAAGAAAAAAGAUGAAAUGCUUUUGAAAUUUCACCACCCGAAUCCCAUUUUUCCAUGUUUAAGUUUUUGGAUUUCUGAGGCCAUUCCAGAUGCUAAACAAGUGUGAUCUCUAGUGGGUUCUUGUUAGUUUGUUUUCUUUUGAUCGGUUCUUGAUGCGGGCUUUUUGAUUCUUGCAUUAGUUUUGUUGUGAAAUCUCCGGUGUUUAUUGUAUCUUUUCUCGGGUGUUUUUUGUUGUUGUUGUUGUUUGUUGUUUGAGGGGGUGAAGAUUGAGAAGAGGAGUGAAGAAAACAUGAAGGAUGAUGAUGAGUUGGAGAUGUUACUGGGUGAGAUCCCUCAUGCAACAUCAUCUUUGAAUCUUCAAUACAUACUUAACAAUGGCCAUCAUCAUCAUAAUCACCAUCACCAUCACAACAAUCUCGUUGAUCAUGGUUAUGGGCAUGCAUCAUGUGUGACUCAAAGUGUGAAUGGUCAUGGACAUGGACAGGUUCAGGGCAAUGUUCAUGGUAUGUGUGGUGAUGAGUAUUUGAAGCAUAAGUAUGCAUGUACAUCAUCCCCUGUCAGUGGGUUUUCGUUACAAUCAGAUGGUUCUUCAUCUAGUUUGUUCUCCAGUGGUGGGCGUUCAUUUUCUGAUAUUGGAUCACCAACCCCACCCCAAUUCGAAGAUUUCAAAUCCCACUUGAUUUCUGGGAAUGGGUUUUGUUUGGAUUUCAAGAAGGCUAAUGAGAGCAAUUUGGUUGAUGCUUUUAAUUUGUCUAGGAAUUUCAGUAAAAUGUACAUUGGUGAUGAGCAAGAUGGUUUUUCGGUAGCUCCAUACGGUAUCCAAUGCCGUGAUCAAUCUCUCAAUGGGCCUAGGGGGAUGAGUUUUGAUAAAUAUAGAGCAUCUGACAAUUAUAGGAAGGAUCUUUCAGAUUGGGGAGGGAUCCAUCUCUCUGUUCCGAUAAGACCUAUGAAUUUCGAGGGGCAGGUUGGUUUGUUGGGAUCCUGUUAUUCCCCGAGUCAAUCUGACAGAUUGUUUUCUCGGUCCGAUUUUGGAAACUCUGCUCUCAGUCCUCAAUUUUAUAGAUGUAAUAUGUCAGCUAACAACAACUUUCCAGUGGGACUUAGCGUGUCGAAUGUAUCAUCCUCUAUUGAUAAUUCAUCGGCUGGUGGUGGAAGUUUGUACCAUCCAUCACGAAACGGAAUGAACCUGACUGAGUCUGAGCAUGCUGUGUAUUCACCUAACGUUGUCCGGUUGGCACAGCUGAUGCCUCACUACAAUGAGGAAAAUCUUCUUCAUUACCAGCCACCAGUGCCUAAUGGAAGAGACAAAGUGCCUUUGUGUGCUGGAGUGCCUCAAGUGAGUGUUGAACCCUUUACUAGGGAGGAUAGUUUAUUCCUUCAGGGGAAAGGUUUUAAUUACGGGAUGACCCGACAUGCACGUCCAAGGGGACAGAAUACAAGGAGUUUUCAUCAUGGGAGUGGUUCGGGUAAGAUUCAAGAAAAGGGGUCACAGCUAGACGGCAGUCAUCGCCAUAAUGCUGCAGUGCAGGAUUGUAGCCAGAGUCCCAAGAUGUAUUGCCCUCACGUCCUUUCGACAACAUGUAGCUCCCUUGCAGAAGCACGAGGCCACAUAUAUCACAUAGCAAAGGAUCAACAUGGUUGCCGCUUCUUGCAAAGGAUGUUUGAUGAAGGAACUUCUCUAGAUGUGCAGAUAAUAUUCAAUGAAAUAAUUGAUCAUGCAGCUGAACUUAUGAUGAAUCCAUUCGGAAACUAUCUCAUGCAGAAACUGCUAGAAGUGUGCAAUGAAGAGCAGAGAAUGUUCAUACUCCUCAGGGUAACUGAGGAACCAGGGGAGCUAGUUAGGAUCUCUCUGAAUACGCAUGGCACUAGAGUGGUUCAGAAGUUGGUUGAGACACUUAAAACGACGCAGCAAAUUUCCCUGGCUAUUUCAGCCCUUGAACCUGGAUUUCUCGCCCUCAUCAAAGAUUUAAAUGGCAAUCACGUUAUUCAGAGGUGCCUGCAAUGCUUUACUAGUGAAGACAGUAAGUUCAUCUUUGUUGCUGCUGCCAAGUAUUGUGUCGAUAUUGCAACACAUCAGCAUGGAUGCUGUGUUCUACAACGUUGCAUCAGCCGUUCAACUGGAGAACAUCGUGAAAAUUUGGUUGCAGAGAUUUCAGCAAAUGGACUUCUGCUUGCUCAAGAUGCAUUUGGAAACUAUGUCGUUCAGUUUGUUUUGGGGCUUAAGAUCCCAUGUGCCAUGUCCAAGUUGACGUCUCAGUUCGAGGGAAACUAUGUGCAUCUCUCUACACAAAAGUUCAGUAGCCAUGUGGUUGAAAAGUGUCUUGUGGACCCACAUGCAAAUUAUGUUGUUCAAACAGCUCUCCGUGUUUCUGAGGGUCGUCUCCAUAAUUCUUUGGUCGCUGCUAUCGAGUCCUACAAGGCAAUAUCAAGAAACAGUCCAUAUUCCAAGAGGAUUUUCUCUCACAAGCUUCUCAAGAGCCGGUUCUACAUAAGGAGACUUGCCUUUCGUCGUGUUCAUGCUUCAAUUCUGCUCGCGAAUACUCUAUCAUCAUCGAUGGACACCCUCUGCUUGAAACAUGGAGAUGUAGUGUACUAUUGCUUUCUGUUGUCGAUAUAUCGUCCAGAAUAA